UGGUAGUUUACAUGUAUAGGUUCCCUUCCGUAAUUAGGAAUCUUCUGUAACUAUUUAUACGAGGCUUCGCCCUCCGUUAUUUCUCAAUAGAAAAUAACAAUUCUUUAUGGUAUCGGAGCCUCUCGUUGCUCUCCGUCUCUCGUCCGACCUAGCGCAGGCGUAACCCUAGCCGCGCCGUCGCUCCUCCUCUCUCGGCCGACCAGCAGACAACCGCCCUUCCCUUCCUCCACGGCAGUGCUGCAGGCGUUGUCCCUUCUCGGCGACCUUCCGAGCAACCCCCUCCUCUCACCGAUCAUCAUGUCCGAGAAGAUCUCGGCUACCGGCGCGACGUCCUCUUCCCCAACUCCACACUUGGCGUUCACGACGAUCUCUAACGUGAAACUCCACGUGUCGAUUCUCCUAAGCUUCUCCGAGCCUAACUACAAAAAGUGGAGCCGGCUCUUCCUCCUCCUCAUUCGAAGGUUCUCCUUGGGUGACUUCCUCACCGGCAAGUCGUCUCCAUCUAGCGCCGACGAUUCGGAAUGGUUCCAACUUGACGCUCUCAUACAUGGUUGGAUUCUCUCAACGGUUAAUGAUGAAAUUUGUGAUCUUGUUCUCUCCACAACAAACUCCGCAUCCGAGCUAUGGAAAGCCAUCUAUAAAAUCUUCCACGACAACAAGCCGGCCCGGGCGAUGCAACUUGAACACCAAUUCCGCACCACCACGAAGGGUUCUCUCUCCAUCGCUGCUUAUUGUCAAACCCUAAGGAAUCUUGCGGAUUGGUUGGAUGAUGUAGAUGCCAUCGUCUCCGAACAACAACUUUUUCUUCAAGUCUUACGUGGCCUCCCCGAUGAUCUUCGAGCACAAACCGCACUGGCGGCAGCCUCUUUCUUCACCAGACACAGUUUGCUCAUGAAAUCCUGGAACGUGCCGAUAUGCUCCACUACAAGCCCAUCUCCACACCAGUCGACACCAAAGCAAAGCUCUCAGCCACGUCCGGUACACCACUUCCAGACCCCUCCAUAUACAGAUCCAUCGUCGGCGCCUUACAGUAUCUCACUUUCACUCAGCCUGAUCUUACAUAUGCAGUCCAGCAGCACCCAUCUCACAUCUAUGAAGAGGGUUCUACGCUACAUCCAUGGCACUGCUACUCAUGGCAUCACCCUUCACCAUACGGGCACUGAUUCCUUGCAGGCCUACUCCGAUGCUGAUUGGGCUGGAUGCCCCAACACUCGUCGCUCCACCUCGGGGUAUUGUGUUUUCAUUGGAGACAACCUCAUCUCAUGGUCCUCCAAGCGCCAGGCCACCACCUCCCGCUCUAGUGCUGAGGCCGAGUAUCGUGUCGUGGCAAACACCGUAGCUGAGGCAAGCUGGGUCUGAAAUCUUCUCCUUGAGCUUCAACAACCCCUGGGUGUGCUACACUGGUCUUU